GCCUCGCGCCUCGCCCGCGGUCGGGCCGGACUGGGCGGUGUCAGCGGAGGCCCUCGGCAGGCGCGUCCGCCGCGCGACACCCGGGCAGCCGCGGCGCCGACGGGAGCGGCAGCGGGAGCCCCGCCAUGGAGACCCGCUACAACCUGAAGAGCCCGGCUGUUAAACGAUUGAUGAAAGAAGCGGCCGAAUUGAAAGAUCCAACAGAUCAUUACCACGCUCAGCCUCUGGAGGAUAACCUUUUUGAAUGGCACUUCACAGUUAGAGGGCCCCCAGAUUCUGAUUUUGAUGGAGGGGUUUAUCAUGGACGCAUAGUUCUACCCCCAGAGUACCCCAUGAAACCACCAAGCAUUAUUCUGCUAACGGCUAAUGGGCGAUUUGAAGUAGGCAAGAAGAUCUGCCUAAGCAUCUCAGGGCAUCAUCCUGAAACCUGGCAGCCUUCAUGGAGCAUAAGGACAGCAUUACUGGCCAUCAUUGGUUUUAUGCCAACUAAAGGAGAGGGAGCCAUAGGUUCUCUAGAUUACACACCCGAGGAGAGAAGAGCACUUGCCAAAAAAUCACAAGAUUUCUGUUGUGAAGGCUGUGGCUCUGCCAUGAAGGAUGUCCUAUUGCCUUUAAAAUCUGGAAGUGAUUCCAGCCAGGCUGACAAAGAAGCCAAAGAACUGGCGAGACAAAUUAGUUUUAAGGCCGAAGUCAAUUCAUCUGGAAAGACUAUCGCUGAAUCAGACUUAAACCAUUCUUUUUCACUAAAUGGUUCACAAGAUGAUUUACCUACAACAUUCCAGGGUGCUACAGCCGGCACAUCGUAUGGAACCCAGAAUCCAUCUGGAGCACCCUUGCCACAACCUACCCAACCAGCUCCUAAGAAUACCUCCAUGAGCCCUCGACAGCGCCGGGCCCAGCAGCAGAGUCAGAGAAGGUCUACUUCCCCUGACGUGACCCAAGGCCAGCCGCCAAGAGCCAACCAUACUGAGCACGGCGGGUCUGCCAUGCUCAUCGUCAUCCUGACUUUGGCACUGGCAGCUCUUAUAUUCCGACGGAUCUAUCUGGCCAAUGAGUACAUAUUUGACUUUGAGUUAUAAUGCUGCUUUGUGACUUAAGAGCUGAGACUCAUUGCUUCAUUAAACAUUCUGCAUUGGGUAUAACCUAA